AUGAUCAAUCACCCGUUAGCUUUAAUUGUGGUAUUCGUAUCAGCUGUGAUGUGUGCUGUAGUAUUGCUCACAAUUUUCUAUUCGCUCAAGCAUCAAUACAAAGUCAGACUGCAAGGAACUGCGAUUCAUAUGGUAUUGGACGGAGGUGGCCAACGAUUAGUCAGAAGAAUCAGAAGUUAUGAAAGAGAGUCGGACGAGGAGGUUGAGCAGCAUAUCCCACUUGAAUUCUAG